GCGACGCUUUUGGAAACUUUCCUCACACGUUAAAACUUUUGUUUGCGCUUUAACGCUUUAAAGUAAAAGAACAACAUCCGACAAAAUAGCUCAAUGGUAGUAUUUAUUACAAGCGACGUCAUACUGGCAUUGAAAUUAAAGAGUUUGAUCAAAUUAGAGUGAAUAUGCCCCCCAAACGGAAUAAAAGUGCUACUCCGUCUGGGGUAACUCCAACUGGUCCGGCUGCUGCUAAUAAAAACUGGGAAACAGCUCUUACUUCUGCUGUAUUUGAAGAGAAUGACUGGAGGGCCAGUUUGUCUAUGGUGCAGGCAGAAAGAGCAGAGGACGAACAGCUCAUCAGCGCCCUCCUGCAGGCGGUCCAGCAGCCCCUGCGCAAGCUCUUCAGUGUGCUGUCCUGGGAGGACACUCUGGAAAAGAUCAAUGAAAUGGGAAACCCAAAGACCAGAAAGACCAAAGAUGUUCCCAUGUUUUGUGAGGUGGCUGAACUUGCAAAGUCUAUAACAGAUGUUGGAGACGAAAUUACUUUGGACCUGAUGGCAAAAUUAAUAAAGUUUCAGCUUCUGAUCAUCAAAAACAAUGACAUUGCAAGAAGGGCUGCUGAGCAGAAGGCUAUCGAAGAUAAUGCCCAUGCUAAAGCAGGACUGAAUUCUGCCGGUAAGGACCAGGGGGGUAAAGGAGCACCAAAGGGAAAGAAAGCUACUGAGCUUCCAGUUCCAACCAAAGACACCAAUCUCAAACGCAGAGGGGAAGAGGAAAAUAUAAUCAAAUACAUAGAUGAUGAGCCUGAUGAUGGGCCACAGCAUUACAUCCUGAUUGUGGGGUUUUGCCAGCCUCAUUUAAUCUCUGCAUUGGACUCUAUGGGUAUCCACGUGUCCAAUAUCAUUAAACUGGGCUUAGACAGAGAAGGCCAAUCAGAGGCUCCAGAGGAGAAUGACCACUCAACUGACGAUGAAGAAGCUUAUACUCUGAAACAAAAGAGGCAGGGGGAGCUAGAUGUGUUCUGGAAGCAGCUGGAUCAAGUGUUGAACAGUGGGAAUACGGGAUCCAGACUCGGUGAUGUGGCCAAGUUGAACUAUAGCGUGAAGAUCCAUUUGCUCCCCCAGGACAAAAACAACACUGAAGCAAUGCUGGUGUUUGGAGCCGCUAUAUUUGAGAGGGUGGCAUGUCUGGUAUAUGACAGCCUGGACUGGUGGAGACAGUAUAGCCAUUAUCUCAGCUGUAUGAGUCUGAUCCAUGUGCCAGAGGCCUGCAGAUACAUCCAGCACCAACAGUCCCGACCGCACAGCUCCAGUGAGGUUUUACAAACCCCAAGGAAGAGAGUAGUGUCAGAGGAAGACCCUGCAGAGCCAGAGCCUCUUGUUCUGAGCACAGAGGUGGAUAUGAGAUACUACUGUAAUCUACUGGACAGGAUUCCUACUGAAAUCACAUCUGUGCCUCUUAUAUUGCAUUGCAUGCUGGAGCAGGUGGUGGCAACCGAACAGAAAGUAUCCGUUUAUUCAGAAGAGCAAUUUGAUAAAACAGAUCAAGAUCUAAUAGUAUAUAUGCUUUCAUCUGUGCUGAGUCUACCACAGGAUGAAGAAGACAAGAAGCUGCAGGAUUUCAUGGAGGAUCUUGACAUACAGAAAAACCCAAAGAAUACUGAUCUGAAACCCCCUCUCCUGCUCAAUCACCAUGAUGAGAGAGCGAGGAGAUAUUAUCAGCUUCCUGUCCUAGAUGGUUUUGAUAUCAUCAAAAUUGAAGCAGACAUCAUGAAGCAAAGCCAUGUAUGGACCAACCUGAUGUCUAGACACACUAAGAGCACCACUGAUAGACUGACCAGAUCACAGGAGCUACUGCAUUUCUGCACUGACAAGUCAAUGAGCUGGUCUGAGCUACAGAGGCUUCUCCAGCUGUUUGUGUUUGAGAGCAUGCCGUUGACUACAGUGGAUGAGAACGGCUGCAUUAAAAGAUCUCAAUCAGAUCCUCCAAACCCCACACCAUGGGACAACCCUGUGGAAUUCGCCGAACACCUGUACUGGAGCAACAGAAGGAUACCAGGAUCAGCAAAAAGCAGUGCUGGGGCUGAUGAACAAAUGGGUUAUGAAAUAACAGUAACGGAUCUCCAGAAGACAUUGAUUCGUCAGCUGGAACAGUGGAACUUUGUAGAGAAACACAGUGCUUCUGUUUUCCCACAGGUCCUCCAGUCUGCGUCUGAGACCUAUAGAUGUGUAGACACAUUUUACUGUAGCAGAGACAAUGCAAUAUAUGUCAUCUGCCACAAUCCCAUGAGCCCUCAGAGGAGCUGCAAAGAAUUCUGGGACGCAUCACUUCACACAGAUGUGGGCUUCAGAAACUACUUGGAAUAUGUGGCAGACUCAAUCAGUGAAUGGACCAGACAGGAAGAGGAAAAAUGGCAGAUGGAGCAGGAGAAGAAAGAGGCAGAAAAAACUCCUGUUCAAACCCCUUUAGAGACUGACAAGAAGAGAGACUCCCCAGUCUCAGACACAUUAGAACCGUAUGUAAGAGAGGACUCUCUCAAAGCAUGGAAGAUCGAGCAGGACAGAUUAAAGGAGGAGGAACAAUCCAAAAAGACUAAGAAAGAAAAAGGAGGGAAAGCAACACCGAAAGUAGGAGAGAGAAUCGACUCGGUAAAGGAAAACAAGAAGACUCCACUGUCCUCAAGAAAGAGUAGAGACAACAUGUCCAAAACACCCAGCUCAGCUACAUUACCUAGAGACAAGACCAGAGACAUUCUGGAGACGCCUCAAGAGCCAGCGAAUGAGAUGAGAACAAAUGUUUUCACAGGCUACAGUUUAAAUGGGAAAUUGGUGCAGGUCGCUGGCAAAGUUCAGUCUCUCUAUCUUUGUGACGGAGGACAAAUUGAUGUGGAGAGUUUUCACUUUACACAAGGGUUGACACAAGUGAAGGUAUGCGUGAAGAAGGAUGGCCAUCACUUCUACACACACAUUUCAGAGAGGAAAAAAGAGGACAAACUAAAGGAUAUUAACGUCUUCAGUAAACAAGCUGCUAAUGGAGCCCAACCAAAAUGUGAGUCUGAGAAAUUUGGCUCUUUUCAUGCUGUCCUGGCCAAUGGCAUUCAGCUCUCCUGCAGUCAGAGCAACCCAAAUGAAACAGGAGGUCAAACUCUCCAAUCCCCUGCAUCUAAUGCCGUCUGUACAGACCAGCAGGGACAGGUGCCUGAGGUACACUGUGAGCCCAGAGAUGAUUCCUCUCUUCCACUGUUCCUCAAUCUGUAUGUAUCUCUUCCCAAUGGACUCAUCCUGCACUUCGACUGCGAGGACACAGCAGAUGGCGACUCUUGUGUCCGAUCUCUGCUGAUACGACAGAGAUUUUAUAAUGCAGAGUCUAGAUCACAUCUGACCCAUUUCAGCAUGUUCACUGAGGUCUCCAGGGUCAUCACCGGCAGAGGGACUGUCAUCAAACACAAGACAGAUGGAUCUACUGAGGUCCUAUUCGCAGAUGGUACAGUGAGUACGAGUCCAGACUCUAAACCAGUGAGUGUGCUGGUUCCACACAUAAUCCUAAAGGAGGAAGAGCCUGUUAAAGAGAUGAUAGUGGACACUAAAGACAAGAAAGGCAAGGCUGAUUCUAGGGUAAAUACAGAGGAUGAGCAACAGAAGUCUACAGAAAAUGAAAAACCAAAAUACUAUCUCGAGAUUAACGGGGGCUCUUGGACCACAACAACCCCCUCCGGCUUCAGAGUCGCCUCGGUGGCUGGAAAGGAAGUUAAAGUGCAGCCAGUAUUGGCUUAUCAUGCUACAGACCCCUUCAGUGGGACAGCUGUGGUCACAAGAGAGGACAAAGUGCUGUCUGUGCUGAAGAAAGAUGGGACGGUGAUAGUGGAUCACGCUGAUGGGACGCGUAUUACCACCGACUACCAGCAGGGGGAGCUACAACAACAUCUGCGCUCAGGAAAGAAACUGGUUCAAGUAGAAAAAGCUGAAUUUGCCACGGUGAUAAUGGACUGUGAGGGAAGAGCAUGCGAUGUUGUUUUCGGGGAUGGCACCUCCAUCAGCGCAACUGCUCAUGGAUCAUAUAAAAUUUACCCUCACGGUGGAGGUGUCCUUCAUAUUGAUAAGGAUGGUGGGAUGGUGUACACAUCUACCCGCUCUCAGGAGCAAUCAGAGAGGACCAUAUUUGGCCAGUAUGUGAUGAACCACAGAACAGAUGUCCUAUGUCAUGUGACGGACCCUGAGAGGAACAACUUUCAAGUUAAUGCAGAUGGUCAGGUCACUAUCACGGCUAAUGGAUCAGAAACAAAAGAGCCAGAGCUUCGACAGAAUGCUGGCUUUGAAACACACCCACCCAGGUUAUUUGUGGUGCAGGAGGACUGUUCGGCCUCAGAGCUGCUGAGAACUCAAGAUGUGGAAGAUCUUCUACAGAAAGCUCACUGUGACUCUUCUGUCGCCGUCCUCACUGAUCCACUACCAGAUUCACAACAAUCAUUUGGCAUCACUCUGCUGAGGCCAUGCCCAGACAUUAACUCUCGCUGGCUCUCAUCCAAGCAACACAAUGACAUCAUUCCCGCACACCUCAAAUCCAGGAAAUGGGAGUCAUUCCCUGCUUCUGAGAAGAAGACUCCAGGCCCACCUUUUGGGACUACCCUUGGUUGUUGUCUUGAGUUAACGGAAAAAAAGGCAAAGUCUAGUUCCAUCCUCAUCCAUCCGGUUUUGGAGUGCCCUGACGUGUUGAUGGUGCGUCAGAUGACCCAGCAUCCACUUGUUACUAAAGCACUGCGUAGGAACCUGCAAGACAAAGUCAAGGUGUAUUUGGAGGAGCUGCUGCAGAGAGAGAGUCAGUGGGAGAAGAUGGAGCUGAAGGACCCACGUUCAUCAGAGGAGAAAGUUCAUCAGAAUGAUCUACUUCAGCUUGUACUGUCCCUGCCUGAUGCUGUAGAUCCUCCAGUUGCAAUGGAUAUGAGGCCUCUGUCAGCUGAUGUGGCAUCUCUCUAUACUCAAGCAGUGCGAGCAGCUCAAGAUCAGCACAAGCUCCCGAAAAAGAGAGAAGAGAAAGUUACCAAGUGUGUCAACAAAAAGAAGCAAAAGUCACUGUGGGAAAACAGGAUUAACCAGCACAGGAAAGAGCUCCAGGAGCAGAGAAGACACAGAAACGCACUCAGACACCGUAUUGUUACUCCGUACUUUCAUCCCGAGCUGAUGGAAAUGUCGCUCUUUACAAAUGAGGCUAGUACAACCGUCUGAAUGUUUCUUAAGAGCUUAGUAGCAACCAGUUUGUCCGCAGUAUUUAUUUAGAUUGACGACUCCUAAUCAUUUUUUAUCAGUAAAAUAUUUCCUUUAAUAUUUACACAUUUUCAUGAUUCUUUUAUGUUGGUAAACGGUCACAUGACAUGCAGCUAAACAAACAAAUGAUUUAAUAUUUUUAAUAGGUUUGAUUUAGUUAAUUAUUCCUUUUAAUCUUACAUUUAUAUGAUUGAAUUAUUAGCUGUUCGAUAACUCACAAAAAAAAAAAAAAAAACGCAGUUUGAGAGCACGUAUAUAAAUCACAAAUGGUCAUAUUUGCAUUUAUAACACUGAUGUAUCAGGCAGACCUGU